AUGGGUCGGGGCCGCAGCGAGAUAAAGCGGAUCGAGAACCCCACGCAGCGGCAGUCCACCUUCUACAAGCGCCGGGACGGCCUCUUCAAGAAGGCCAGGGAGCUCUCCGUUCUGUGCGACGUCGACCUGCUGCUGCUCCUCUUCUCCACCUCCGGCAAGCUCUACCACUACCUCUCGCCCACCGUCCCCUCUGUUAAGGACCUGGUCGAGAGGUACGAGGCCGCGACGCACACCAAGGUUUGGACCGACAUUCGCCAGGAGCGGCACGCGGAGCUGGAGAAGGCGGAGCAGAUGUGCGAGCUCAUGGAGAAGGAGCUGCGGUUCAUGACGGUGGACGACGGGGAGCAGUACACGGUGCCGUCGCUGGAGCUGCUGGAGCACAACCUGGAGGCGGCCGUGCACAAGGUGCGCUCCGAGAAGGACCGCAAGAUCGGCGGCGAGAUCAACUACCUCGAGAACAUCAUCAGAGGACGCCACGAGGAGCGCUACGGGUUGUGCGACAAGCUUGCUCAUUCUCAGGCCUCGAACAACAACGAGGAAGGAGGGUCGACCCCACCAAGCAGCGGCCUGGAACUCAAGCUGGGUGGGUACAAUCCAAUCCUUAUGCGGCGGCCUUCUCAACUUCGUUUCAGACCAACUAUUUUCAGUAGCAGUACCUAA